AAAAAUAAUAAAAUAAAUAAAUUGAGAAAAAGCAUAGCCAUUGCUGGUCGCUCUUGAUGAAGCUCUAACUGUCUCCACUCUCCAGUCUCCACCAAUCCUCUUUUCUCUCACAAACACCAAAUUCAAAAGCUCCGAACCCGAAACCAUCUUAUGGAUCGGUCUGACCCGAACCGCUUCCGUAACCGUAAACCGGCCUCCUCAACGGAACGCUUCCUUGGCGUCCCAUCCAACGCGCCGCCUCUUGAAAACCCUAGCUCCUCCUCCGCCACCGACGAGCUCACCGAGGACGACGUCGUUUUCUUUGGCGACGACAACGCCGACAACAAUCACCUCCCUUCCACUGCCUCCUCUUCCAACUCAUCCACCCCUAACCACCACCACCUCCACCAUAACAACAACCACAAGGGCUUCGGAUUCGGCUCCUCUGACACCUUCGGCAUCCUUGCCGCUCUGCCGGAAAACGACGCCUCACCUACUGCUCCAAACGGCACGCACUUCUUCCACAAGGCCUCCUCGGUUUCGCUGUCCUCGUCUUCUUCUUCUUCGUCGUCGCGUAUGAUUCCCGCCAUACCGAAGCCUCCGUCAGCGCACCACGACCGGAUGCCGCAGUCUUCGGUCAUGUACCACCAGUCGGCGCCGGUGAACGUUCCUAUUUUGUCUCAGGCGAUGAUGAGGAGGCACCGCCAGUUUGAUGACGACGAUGACGACGAUGUGGACGAUGUGACGGCGGAGGACGACGAUGUGAUGCUUCCGCCGCACGAGAUUGUGGCGAGGAACUCGGCGCAGUCGCCGAUGCUGGCGUGCUCGGUCCUGGAAGGGGUGGGGCGGACCCUGAAAGGGAGAGACUUACGGCAGGUUCGGAAUGCGGUUUGGCGGCAAACAGUCCUUGCUCGUAGCGGACUCUUUCAUAAGUGAAGCAACAAUUUACAUACACAGCUGAAAACAAAUCGGUUAUUUCAGGGAAGGAUUCAAACAUUGUUUCAUGAAUUUAUGGAUUAGGAUGGAAUGAUUCUUGGUUUUUCAUCUUUUUAUUUGAUUUUUGGCACUUUGUGCUAAGUUGAUCAGUUCAGUUCUACACUUUUAUCUUUUCACUCCUUAGUGCUUAGCAGGCAUAUGUUUUUCAAGUUGAAUUAAUCCUUUGUACGAUUUCAUUCCAUUCUUCAUUGCAAGUAAUUUUGGGUUUUCAAUUUCUUGUUGGGAGCAGAGUGGAGCUUGUCACUUGUUGCUCAUAAUUUUUUAUUUGCAUAGGUAAGCUAAUCUCACACUUAGACACAUUAUUAGAGUUCAAAUUGUAAAACAGUCCAUUGUUAGGUGAGCAUUUCAUAUUCAAUCAUGGUCAUGUUUCAGACUUUAAGAGUUU